CCAAGUAGCAAAGUCGCGUAAAACCUGAGCUGCCUGCAGCUGGCUGAACAUGCUUCUGUGGACGAUCUGCUCUUAAAAUUAGCGGAAAAUUCCCCAUUAUUUACCGGACGUCUUGACAUAACUCCCCUGUUUUCGCGACAGGAAAGCUAGGAGUUGUCAUCUUCAAAUUCUUCAGCAGCACACGAGCUGCUUGCGGUGAAUUCCAGCGUUGUUUUACGGCCAUUAUCGGUAUCUCACACUGAAGAAACUACAGAAAAAGCAAUCAAGAAUGUCACAACUACCGUAGCUGGAUCUGCGCUCCGUUCGCUCUCAAUCCCAGAUCAUAACACGAAUAUGGCGGCAUAAACAACCCCCUGAAGACACAGUUAUCCAGCGAUACAAACAGGGGACUGGAAUUUGGCUGGUACUCGGCAUUUAGACGGUUCCCACUGGUAGCCACCAUGUCGUCUCAGAAGGAGAACAUCCCCGGGCCCGGAGACGGGACGGACAUCGUCAAGUGUGGUUACUUGAAGAAAUUUAAGACGAUGCGAAAGAAGUUCUUUGUGCUGCGCUGUGAGAGCAGCUCAGGCCCGGCCCGCCUCGAGUACUACGACACGGAGAAGAAAUUCCGGGCCGGCGCGCUCUGCAAGCGUACCAUCGACCUCAAGACGUGCUUCAACAUCAACAAGAAGACCGACAGCAAGCAGAAGCACGCCCUCUCGCUCUACACGCGCGACGACUGCUUCGUCGUGGUCGCGGAGGACGAGAACUCCCUCAAUGAGUGGCUGCAGGAGUUGUUGCUUCAGCAGCAGGCGGAGAAUGACGGAAUGCCCAUGCCCGCUUUCGAACACGUUUGGCAAGUAACAGUGAAACCCAAGGGACUUGGUUCCAGCAAAGGGCUGAGCGGGAACUAUCGACUCUGCCUGACCACCACGACGGUCAACCUCGUCAAGAUGAACUGUGAAAACGAGGACUUAGAAUUUUCCCUUUCAGCCAUCAGGCGGUGCGGUCACUCGGACUGCUUCUUCUUCAUGGAGGUCGGGAGACAGUCGGUGACGGGUACCGGUGAAAUCUGGAUGCAGGUGGAGGACACCGUCAUAGCGCAGAACAUCCACGAGGCCUCGUUAAAUGCGAUGCGCUCAAUCAGCCAGCAAGAAGAGGAAAUGCGGCCCCGCAGCCAGAGCAGCGGCAACACCUCGGAGACCAAACCCAACUCCACCCGCCGGCAGGUCGCGACCUUAGGCCCCUCCUGGCGGACACGCUGCGAGAGCAUGCCCGCCCAGAACCGCCCUCGCGUGGCCCGAUCGCGCAUCGGCAGCGAAAGCGAGGAGAGCCUACAAGAAGAACCCAGUCCAACAAGCGCGUCGUUGGGGACAACUGGUACGUCGUCGUUGUUGUCAUCGGUUAUCCGCCCCCGGACUCAGAGCGAGGGGGAGGGAAACCAUACCGCCCGCAUCGGGGGAUCCAGCUUGCUUAAAUACGGUUUGAAAACACGCCCUCGGACGGCUAGCGAAGGGGAGUCGCAUUUUCGCAGCGGGCGUACACCGGAAAGUCCCACCAAAGCCAGAGGGCGCUUUGCCAUGCCCCAGCGGACUGGUUCCGGCAGCCUGCGACCGUCCAGCAUGCAUCGUGUUGUGCAGCCCAUAUCCAACUCACCACCCAUACCAAACAGUCCUCUGAGUGAAAGUCCCCUUGGUGUUAGCGAGGAUCGUUUUCUGUCCUACCCCCAGCCCCUGCAUGCCUCAGAUCCCAAUCUCUCUGAUGAGUUCCCUGGCUACGGAACCAGUCCCAGUGACCACCUCCUGGCACGGUUUUCGGGAUCUGGGCGGAGCCGGACACCCGAUUCGCCGACUCGUACACCAAUCAGAGAGGAGAGCGUGGAGUUCACCGAUGAAUACAUGAAUAUGGCGCCCUCUGGUGCCUCGAAAGCCGUCCUGACUGUACCUGUCCCCACUCGCCAGCCCUUACACCACCGCACGAUGAACACUCAAGGGCGCUCUCCAUCCCCAGAACAUGUCUACGCCCUCUUGCAGCCGAUUCACCUCACCAUUUCACCACCAUCACCUCAAUCACCACCGUCACCACCGUCGGGGGUGCAUUGUUCACCACCUUCACCACUGCACUUUCCACCUCCAGCGCCUCCCGAUGAGGACCAGUCCUACAUGUCCAUGACCCCAAUGAGUCGAUCAGGGUCACGGGGGUCGUCUGGCUACGCCCCGCCCACGCAGGCCCCGCCCCAACUGACCCAGAGGUCUGCCAGCGUGAGUGGGCGGUUGAUGACGGUCCCGCCCAGCCAGGAUGAAGGGUACAUGAUGAUGGCACCAAGGAAAGCAGCUCAAAAGCGAGGCAGUACGGGAAGUCGCGAGGCCCUGAAACGAGGCAACACGACAGAGGGCCGUGAUGGGUUGAAACCGCCGACAGCUGACAUCGACCAGGCCUACACCAUGAUGCAGCCCAUCCCGAAGCACCAUGGCAACAGCACAGUGCAUGAUGGGACGGCCACCAAGGCUUCUGGGAUUGCUGGGAACGUUCCCAAAGCGCCGACGGCCAACAGCCACCGGGAAGGGAAAUCGCGGGGCAGUUUCUCUUCACCGUCGAGCACGAAGCCCUUAAGCUUUGAGGCAAAAAUGAAACCCAGCGAGAUUCUUGUCCGCAGCAUGUCUGACUCGAAGGAACCGAUCCUGGACACCUAUAUGACUAUGGCGUUUCAACCCAAGAACAGCAAACCAAAAUCACCUGAGAUUGCCAAACCUGGUAACGUCAGCCCUAGUUUGGACAACAUCGACGAGAACGACAAUCCAAAAUCGAGUUACGUAAAUGUCAGUUUACCAGAGGCGUCGCCCAAGCCCAAGCAGCCUGAUAGCGAUUACACCUUUAUGGUUCCUUCAUCAAGACCCGCGAAUACUAGAAAGGACUCCGAUAAAGGCCAGAGUCAGUCGGCCGUGGAGAGUCUACUGAAGGGGAGUAGGAAAGCGGAGGCAUCGCGAGGAAGCGAGUACAUGAACGUUGACUUCUCGAAGGGCGGGGUACCUGGUGGAGAAUUGCCCGUGAGGCCCGUACCCCCGAUUCCUGCAAGGGUUCCCGCUGGGAAACGUGAAGACGGGGAGUAUAUGAACGUUGAGCCGGGGCUGGGCGUCCGGCCACACAGUCCGCGCUCACCCACGUCGCCGCCGGUGUUACCGCAGCGGGUGGUGCUACCACCCAGAAACCCCUCAACACCGCCCUCACUGUCACCAAGCUUAUCAGGAAAUGGAGCAGGGCGCCGGGCGGCCGAUUUGAAAACCGGAAUGGAGGAUCUCAACCUCAACGAAGGCUCCUCUCCGACUUCAAUAGGAAGUGCUGGCUCCUUAACCUCCGGGAACAAAAGUUGCGAGCCCUCCCCUGGUCCCCCUUCCCGCCACUCCUCUUGCCGAUCAAGCCAAACCUCCCUCGCUGACCGAGAACUGAACUACAUCGACGUAGACAUUGGUCAACCAGACGCGAACAGCGCCCCCAUCACCUUAGAGCGGAGGGCACGAUCCCCCUUCACUCGCCGAGCAGCCGAAGAAGACAAAUCGGACAAACCCACAAACUACGCCACCAUAGACUUUACCAAGUCCGAGGGUCUGCGCAGCGCAACCACGACACGAGAAAACAGACCGUUAUAAAUAAUUCUUUUCAGGGAAAUCAUCCCAACUAUGCCUUCACUUGUUUUACUGGUUGUAUAGAUUUUAUUGUCCUUUUUUUUUUUUAGGUCUGUUGUCUUAUUUUGGUACUUUUUACCCAGUGUGUCAUUUCAAAUAGAAAUAUCCAACUAUUUUGUGUUUGAUGACCUUGGUUUUGAAAGAGGUUUCUCAAAACAAAGAAACCUCGCAUAUUCAUCACAGAAAAGAUUUAUUUGAAAUAUGACACCUUGCCUUUAAAAUCGGAAAGGCAACCUGUUUGUCCAUUUCAUUUUUGUAAUUAGCAACAUUUUAAACAUGUAUUCUUAUUGGUUUUUGUUUAUUUUUCUGUUUUAAAUGUUGCCCUUUUUUGUGAACAAAUUAACCAGAGAGGUUGAUUUUAUCAUUUUUGUUUCAACUUAUUCUCAUUCUUAUUCUUUGUGUCGCUUUUUUUUAGCUGCGGCUGAGCAGUUGUACAAGUACAUGUAGUAAUGUCUCUCUGUUGGUUAGUUAGUUGGUUGGUAACAAACUUCACGACAUGUUAUUUUUUUUUGCAAUCAAUCACUUAUUCCUCAGGCCCAACAACACCUGCUUCAGGUCUCCACUGACCAGAGCUUUUAAUUUAUUGCAGUCCUGAACUAUUGGGUCACAAGGUCCCUCAUUUCGCAUUUGGGGCUAGCACUGUACUGCACACAAAUUGACAUGCUAUAAAACGCUCCAUGCACCAACUGACAUUCAACAAAAUAAUGGGAAUCCUUUUCAAUUGUCAGUCACGACCACGUGAGUAGUUGUGCCUGAUAAGAACGGACUUUUACAUCAUGAACAUGACUUAUAGGCUACAGCAGGUCUACAGUUUGGCCGCAGCUUCCGCGAUCAAUUCGAGCUUAUUUUAUCAGUAAAGUAUUCCAAGCCUUGUUUUGCAAAGUAUCCUUUUGGAGGGAUGUGAACUACCGACCUGGUCAGUGGCAGUCAUGUAAAGUCACUGGUUUAAGAUUCAUGUCAUGGGUUGUGUAAGCCAACUAGCAGCAAAAGGGGUUCGAACCACAGACCAAGGAAACAACAGUUGGGCUGUUCUACCCACUUGAUCAUGGUUGGGCUUUAAAGUUUGUGGCUCAUAACACCUUAGAUGUAGGUUUAGCGGAAGGGGUUGAACCAAGAACCACAAAAAUGACAGUUGGGCUGUUCUCCCCCAAUGCCAAAGACUUGACUGUAAUUUGAAUUUGAAACAGAGCUCCAUAAUGUUAGAUUUGCAGCGUAGAGAUUCGAUCCCAAGAUCAAGUGAAAUAUUAUAUAAACUGCAAUUUCACUUUCAAGGUAUCUAAAUCACGGAGCAAAGAUGGUAUAUUCUUACUUACUUGCAGGUAAAUCUUAGCUUGAACAGCCAACCAUAUCAACAAAACCUCAGUUGCCACAAUCACACAACGCCAAAAAUACAUACCAUUUUGGCAUUGUUGCACUAAAUCAUUGAUUAGUUGUGUGAGACUCACUACGUGUAUAUACAAAAGUUGGACUAAAUACUUAAAAAUAACAUGUAUCUUUUAUGUUGCAACCGUUUUCUUCUGUCCGUAUUUUUGUAUUUGACAAGUACUUUUCCAAACAAAGUUAACCAAAAAUAAAAGACAAGCGUAGAGGCCGGUUAACUAUAAUUUUAUGUAAAGAUAAUUUAUCCAAAAAAAAAAAGGAAAUCGGUUUGUUUGUUUGAUUACAUCUACUUUGUUUGUUUACUUGUGUGGUGAAUUCAGUGGAGAGAUUCGCACCACUAACUCCUGUUCUUGAAGUCCACUGUUGAACCAAGAUAUAACAUAUACUUUGUGUA